UACUUUUUUAAGGAUCUGAAUACUUCUUCCAUUAGUGAUGAUAACUGAUUCACUACUCGGAGGAUAAAAACAAGCACCUGCACAGCAGAGACCGUACGUAUAUGACCUAUCCGGGGUGCCGUAGUAAUGCAAAUCUGUGGCACUCCUCCUCAAUGAACGUUGGAAAGAUGGCGACGGCAUACGCACUAGCAAGAGUCAACUGUGCCGGCGGAUAGAAAGUGCUUCAAAGAGACAAAAAUCCGCCUCUUUUGCAAAGAUUUAACGGUGCAAAGUCUGUGUAAUAUCGUUUAGACAUGGUUUAGUCCAUGCACGGCUAGGAACAAGACGCCAUUGCUUUCCAAUGGAGCCUCCGGAUCGUAACAAGCCCAGCAGGCAGGCCAAACCAGUGGAAGAUGCAUCCCAACAGAACUCUGAGGUGGUUGAAUCCUGGGACUCACCCAGCGAGGAAGAGGAAGCUCUGUAUAGCACUUCACCACCUUAUACUCCCCGUCAGAUGAAACGCAUGUCUGCUAAACAUCAUAGAAACAGCCAGGCAAGGAGCGGUGUUCGGUCUCCCCAUAAGGCAGACCUUAGCUCAUCUAAUCUGAGAGAGAGUCCCAGGCCAGUGGAAACCCCGGAGGAGCACAGCUACAAGCAGGACAAGAAGCAGAGGGCGACUUUGCGCUCCACAGAGAGAGACCACAAGAAGACCUUUGAAGGGUCCUUUGUGCUGGAUUCGCUCUCAAAGCCUAGUCCUUUCGGUGCCCUCAACAUGGAUCCCAGGAAGCAUUACUUGAGUUUGGGUUGCAGCAGCUGCAAACUUCCUGUGUCUAUGCCCCAUAUUGCCCGGACCCACCGCCAGACCUCCAGGACAGACUGCCCCGCCGACCGCCUCAAAUUCUUUGAAACUCUGCGGCUGCUGCUCAAGCUCACAUCUAUGUCCUCUAAGAGGAAGGAGAAAGAGCAGAGAGGCCUGGAGAACAUGCCCUACAUGGGUCACAACAAUGAGGUCAUUUGGUUGGAGCUGCAGGCUUGGCAUGCACGACGUUCCACCAGUGACCAAGACCUUUUUCUUUACACUGCCCGCCAGGCCAUCCCUGACAUCAUUAAUGAGGUGCUGCACUUUAAGGUCAACUAUGACAGCCUAAGAGGGGCCCAGUGUUCAGGGUCUGAAACAGUUGAGUGGGACUAUCGGGGUGUCCCAGAUCUAGUAUGUGGACAGGAGAGGGACCCUGCUGUGUUAGACACCAACCACUGUGGAGUAGAUACUUGGGGCUUUAGCGCCUGCCCCUCGACUGCGAUGAAUGCAGCAGAGCCUCUGGGCUCUGGCUCCAAUUGCAGGGAACACCUUCAGCGCCAGCGACUGGCAUUUGAGCAGGUCAAGCGGGUUAUGGAAACGCUGGAGUCUGUAGAAGCUUUGUAUCCUUCUUUGCAGGCCCUGCAGAAAGACUAUGAUAAGUAUGCAGCACGAGACUUCCAGGGCAGGGUGCAGGCGCUCUGUCUGUGGCUCAAUAUCACCCAGGACCUCAACCAGAAGCUGCGCGUUAUGGCCACUGUCCUGGGCAUUCAUGAUCUAUCCCGUAUUGGAUGGCCUGUUUUUGAGAUUCCUUCACCUCGUUGCUCCCAUGGCAAUGAAGAAGAGGAGAAUGAGGAAGACGAGGAGAACGAGUCCACAGCCACUUUUACACCUGAAAGUGAAGGGGAGGAUAGGGAUGAUGAGGAGGGAAGAUUGGAAUAUGUAGUGGAGGAAGAGCUGUCUCCCUCGUUGACUCCUAAAUAUGCCCGAUUGUUGUCAGAAGAUGACUUUCUCCAUACUGCUACUGCAGGAAGUGCAGAAGUGACUGCAGGAGGGGUAGUGUUCUGCCCCACAGCCAUCUACAGGCCAUUUGUGGAUAAAGCUCUAAAGCAGAUGGGACUGCGUAAACUAAUCCUGCGACUGCACAAACUGAUGGACCGCUCUCUUCAGAGGUCCAGAGCAGCGCUGCUCCACCACACACCUCCACUGGAGUUUGCAGACUUCCCAGACCCCAUGCUGUACAGUGAUUACCUGCCUGAGCUGUCACGCCAUGUGUACUGCAGUGGCUCAGCUCACCCAGAGCUCGGAGCAGACCAGGUUUCUUGGGAGGAUUUGCUGGACAUGGACCUCCCGUCCUUCAGGCCGGCGUUCCUUGUUCUGUGCAGAGUCCUUCUCAACGUCAUUCAUGAAUGCCUUAAAUUACGACUUGAACAAAGGCCUGCUGGAGAACCUUCACUGCUCAGCAUCAAACAGUUGGUGCGUGAGUGUAAGGAAGUUCUCAAAGGUGGUCUUCUGAUGAAGCAGUAUUAUCAGUUCAUGCUGUGUGGUGUGGUGACUGAUGCUCAGGGCUUGCAGACAAAUGCCAAUAUUGAUGAGUUUGAAGAGGACCUUCAUAAGAUGCUGGUGGUUUACUUUGACUACAUGCACAGCUGGAUCCAGAUGCUGCAGCAGCUGCCUCAGGCCUCUCACAGCUUAAAGAACUUGUUAGAAGAAGAGUGGCACUUCACAAAGGUCAUCACUCCUUACAUCCGUGGAGGGGAGGCCCAGUCUGGGAAGCUUUUUUGUGACAUUGCUGGGAUGCUGCUGAAAUCCACUGGAGAGUUCCUUGAUGCUGGCCUGCAAAAAAGUGGUAAUGAAUUCUGGGAAAGUGCAGAGGACAGCACAGCCUCAGAUGAAAUCAGGCGGUCGGUGAUUGAGACCAGUCGGUCUCUUAAAGAGCUGUUCCAUGAGGCCAGGGAGCGAGCAUCCAAGGCUCUGGGCUUUGCCAAAAUGCUUCGCAAGGACUUAGAAGUUGCUGCGGAUUUCAGAAUCACUAAUGGAGUGACUUGUCUCCUGGAGACACUGAAAAAGAGAAACUAUGUCAAGGUUCAGAUUCCAGGCUUGGAGGAGUUGCAGCUUUUUGUCCCCUAUGACUUGAUGGCUCAGAGACCUGUCAUCCUGCAGCUACUCAAAGCUGCUGCUGGCAAAGACUGCUCCAAAGAGCCUGAUGAACCUCCUGAGGAUGAAGCCUACCUGCUCAUGAGUAAGCACAGAGCUGGGGACUCUACUACUGAUUCUGAUUGGGCUCAGUGGGAUGGAGAACUUCUCAAACUGGUGCCUCAGAUGGAGACUGUUGACACUUUAAGAGCCAUGAAGAUGGAGAACAUGCUCUUGAUAGUGAUACAGUCAGCUCACCUGGUGGCCCAGCGAAAGGCCUUUCAGCAGUCCAUGGAGGAUGUGCUCACUCUGAGCCGAGAGCAAACCUCCAGUCAGCCUCUCAUCGCCAGCGCUCUGGAGGAGCUCAAGGAUGAGGCACUGCAGCUGUGCAUUAAGAUCAGUGCUGCCAUUGACCGAGUGGAGUACAUGUUCACCACAGAGUUUGAGGCAGAGGUGGAGGAGACUGAGUCAGCCACUCUGCAUCAGUACUACAGGGAGGCAAUGAUACAGGGCUACAAUUUUGCCUUUGAGUACCACAAGGAGGUGGUGCGCCUGAUGUCAGGGGAGUUCAGGCAGAGGAUCGGGGAGCGCUACAUAGCAUUUGCCCGCAAAUGGAUGACUUAUGUCCUGACCAAAUGUGAGAGUGGAAGAGGUACCAAACCUAGGUGGGCGACACAGGGGUUUGAUUUUCUUCAGGCUAUUGAACCUGCCUUCAUAUCAGCAUUACCAGAAGAUGACUUCCUGAAUUUACAAGCUUUAAUGAAUGAAUGCAUUGGACAUGUGAUUGGGAAGCCCCAUAGCCCAGUGACUGGUGUCUAUGUUGCUCCCAGGAAUAGUCGUCCUGUGAAGGUCCCUCGCUGCCAUAGUGACCCACCAAACCCCAAUCUGUUCAUCCCUAAUGCUGAAGGCUUCAGCUCUCGAAGUCUCCCCUGCGACCUCCGGAACCAGCUGUUCCCCAACGGCCCUCGCCCUGUCCCUCAGGGCCCAGGGGAACACAACCAAACCAAAGCACCCGGCAGCACCCCCAAUGAUGUCAGGGGAUCCAGUUUCCACGAGAAUGACCGCCUGUCGUCGGUUGCAGCAGAGUUGCAUUUCAAAUCUCUGAGCCGGCAUUCUAGCCCUACAGAGGACAGAGAAGAACCCUCCUAUCCUAAGGGAGAUCCUAGCAGUGCAGCACGCAGGAGCUGGGAGCUCCGCAUCUUUAUCAGCCAGUCCAAGGACACAGCAGCACGGCAAAGUCCCAUGGAGGCUGUCCGACGCUCCAUCCGCAAGUUUGAGGAGAAACGCUAUGCCAUGAUGAAGCAACGUAACAUCAUCGGCCAAGUUUGUCAUACACCCAAAUCCUAUGACAACGUCAUGCAUGUCGGACUCAGGAAGGUGACCUUCAAGUGGCAGAGGGGCAACAAGAUAGGUGAAGGCCAGUAUGGUAAGGUGUACACCUGCAUCAACGUUGACACUGGAGAACUAAUGGCCAUGAAAGAGAUCCGAUUUCAGCCAAAUGAUCACAAAACAAUCAAAGAGACUGCAGAUGAGCUGAAAAUAUUUGAAGGCAUUAAACACCCAAACCUGGUGCGGUACUUUGGAGUUGAGCUUCAUCGGGAGGAGAUGUAUAUUUUCAUGGAGUACUGUGAUGAGGGUACACUGGAGGAGGUGUCCAGACUGGGGCUGCAGGAACAUGUCAUCAGGCUUUACAGUAAACAGAUCACUACCGCCAUCAAUGUCCUCCAUGAACAUGGCAUUGUCCACCGGGAUAUCAAGGGAGCCAACAUCUUUCUGACAUCAUCUGGUCUGAUUAAACUGGGUGACUUUGGCUGUUCAGUCAAGUUGAGGAACAACACUCACACCAUGCCCGGGGAGGUGAACAGCACGCUCGGAACUGCAGCAUACAUGGCACCUGAAGUCAUCACCAGAGCAAAGGGUGAAGGUCAUGGACGAGGAGCAGACAUCUGGAGUUUGGGCUGCGUCCUCAUUGAGAUGGUGACAGGAAAGAGGCCCUGGCAUGAGUACGAGCACAACUUCCAGAUCAUGUACAAAGUGGGCAUGGGCCAUAAACCCCCGAUCCCAGAGAAGCUGAGCACAGAAGGGAAGGACUUCCUUGGUCACUGUCUGGAGAGUGAACCCAGAUGUCGCUGGACAGCUAGCAUGUUGCUAGACCACCCAUUUGUCAAGGUUUGUACGGACGAAGAAUGAACAAAACCUCUGUGUCUGUCAAGUUUACAAAUCAAAGCACUACUGUACAUGCUGAUGGCAAACGAUAAAAGAACUGUGGAAGUUACUGCUGAAGGCACAUUGAGCUAAACUGAGGAACUAAUACAAUAUCAUUUCAGAAGACAACUGGGCCUAUGGAGUAUAAGGUUGUUGCAUCUAUUGAUUGGGGGAGGAGGGGCAGGGGUGGGACUGUAGGAAUAGGAUUGACUUUAAUCCUUGCAUAAACAAUACUGUAAAGUUAAAGUAAUUAUUGACACAUUUGUUCUCACUGGUGAAGAGACUUUGGAAAAGGCAUUGAGGAUUUUUUUUAAGGGGGGGGGGGCAACAUCUAUGGCACUUUUUAAACUGUCUACCCAAGGGGGCAGUUACGUGGAGGAGGGAGGAAUCUUAUUUUAGACACCCUUAUAGAAUGAAAAAGGGUGUGGUAAGCCUCACGAAAUAGAGGAGACGCUGGUUUACCUUUAUGAAAUGAACACCCAAAUAUUCAGAUUAAUUUAUCACUUGUCAUUUGACAAGUGUGGGCACUUAGAAGGAUUUUUUGUGCGUGUGUGUGUGUGUUUUUUUUUUUUUUUUUUCUUUGCCUUUGAAGCGGAGUAAAUAUCAAUUUGGAGCAAUGUUCAAGUUUGAUGAAGAGUGUUUGGGUGACUGGAGACCAAGAGGUGACGUGGGGCCUGCUCUCCCUCCCUGCUGCUGAACACAGAACAUCCACACAACAAAACAAAGACACUGACACACACCACAACGUCUGGUCAUCUGCUGCUCUUACAGUGUUUGCUAUGUACAAAGAAUAUUAAUAAACCAGUCUUUUUUUUGUUUUUUAAGGGAAAUGUGUAUUUGUUUCAAGAAGGAAAAUGACUUGUUUUGUUAUAGUACCUCCAAAAAAAGUAAUUUUGACAGAGUUCACAAGUCUGACUUUAAAAAGUGUUUAUCAAGUCAUUUCUUUAGUACAGAAUUUCUCCAGUUUAGUUUUUUGGCAGUAUUUUCUUGUUCCGCUGUGAUUGAGGAGCGG